ACCCAUCCCAGACACAGCCUGGGUAGCGUCUCCCCAGCGCGUGUAGCUCCCGGGAUAGGCACCGUCCGUGUCAGGAUGGUGCCAAAUCCACUCUCCCAUCUCCUCCGCAGGUCUCCUCUCCUCCUGGCCCUGUGGUGCUGCGUCCUGGGGGGGCUGAGGACAUGGUGGUCCUGCGGGCCGGGCUCUGCCCUGGUCUCACCGAAGAGAUGAUCCAGCUUCUCAGGGCGAACGGCAUCAGGACAGUGGUGGACUUUGUGUCAUCAGACCUGGAGGACAUUGCCCAGAAGUGUUCCCUGUCUUACAAGGCGCUGGUUGCAGUGAGACGUGUGCUCCUGGCCCAGUUCUCUGCCUUCCCCACCAAUGGAGCAGACCUCUAUGAGGAGCUCAAGAGCUCCACGGCCAUCCUGCCCACUGGGAGCCCAAGCCUGGACCAGCUGCUGGACUCCGGGCUGUACACAGGGGAAGUGACAGAGCUCAUGGGAGUGCCAGGCAGUGGGAAAACGCAGGUGUGCCUGGGCAUUGCAGCCAGCGUGUCUCUUGGCCUCAAGCAGCAUGUCCUGUUUCUUGACUCCACGGGGGGGUUCACAGCCUCCCGACUCUACCAGAUACUUCGAGCCCGGUCAGAGGAUGGAGAAGAACAGCUAGAGGCUCUGCAGCGGAUCCAGGUGGUCCGUGUGUUCAACAUCUAUGAAAUGCUGAGAGCCUUGCAGGAGCUGCGGGAUCGCCUCUCCCAGCAGGUUGUGAGCUCCAUGGGACCUCUCAAGAUCGUAGUGAUUGACUCGGUCUCAGCUGUGAUUUACCCGCUGCUGGGCGGCAAGCACUCAGAGGGUUUGGCCAUCAUGAUGCAGCUGGCCAGGGAGCUGAAGACACUAGCCAAGGAGUUCAGCCUUGCCGUUGUGGUGACUAACCAGGUGACAAGGGAGAGCAGCACUGGUCCACUGAAGCCAGCCCUCGGCCGCUCCUGGAGUUUUGUGCCCAGCACUCGGGUGCUGCUGGAGAGCAAAGAAACCACCUGGGAGAAAGCCACCACGCAGCGUGUUGCUUCCUUGGCAAAGUCAUCCCGGCAGCCAACAGGGAUACAGGUGGAGCUGGAUAUUGGAAGUGGUGAUGUGCAGGAGCUGAGCCCAGCAACACCGACACAGGGGCUCUGAUGUGGGUGGAAAAGCAAAUGUCAAGGUCCAAGAGAGCUGCAAAAAAGCAGACAAGCACGCUGAAGGUUUUACAGACUGCCUCAGAAUCCUGCAGCCCUG